AUUGUGAAUGAGAAUGAAUCAGCUGGAAAUUGGAAUUGAGACUUGACUCGCAUGACUCCACUGAGUAGUGUCUAGUGAGUGUAUUGUGUAGUAGUGAGUCACUGAGUGUGUUGAUAUUUGACUCUAUGUUCGUGGGGUGGUAUUCUGAAAAUUCUCUUAACUUUUCUUACUUUCAUCCUAGUUCCAACGAUUAUUUUAGUAAAAAAAACCCAACAAAAAUGAAGGUUAGUGUUGCCAACUUGGAUAACGCCCUCAUAAGUCUGGAGGUGAGUCCGGAGAUUGAGUUGGAGAACUUCAAAGUCUUGGUGGAGAUGGAGUUAGGGCUGUCGGCAAGCGAGUGUGUCAUCCUCUUCAACGGAAGACCCAUGCUGGACAUGAAGAAGACUCUGAGUGCUUACGGCGUAUCCGACGGUGAAGUCCUCCUCCUCCAGCCGUUGCCGACGAUGCCGCCGCAGAAUCCGCAAUCACAACAAGCUCGACUUCCUGACUUCAGCAAUAUCAGAGUACCUGGGUCGUCUCCAAGAGGACCUAGACCAACUGGUGCUGGGCCAUCCACUAGACCAGUUCCAAGACCAGGCCCCAUUGAAGAGGACCCAGCUAGACUGAUGGAGAUGCUGAAGGCCAACCCAGCCGAGGUGGCUAUUUUGAAAGAGAACAACCCACCUUUAGCGGAAGCCCUAAAUGAAGACAAUCUACAAAAAUUCACAGAGGUGCUUGAGAGACAGCGGAAGGAGAGAGCCGAGCGUGAAAGACAGCGGAUUCUCUUACUAAAUGCAGAUCCGUUUGAUCUCAGUGCACAAACUAAGAUAGCUGAAACUAUAAGGCUGCAGAAUGUAGAAGCCAAUAUGGAGACGGCCAUGGAGCAUGCACCAGAGAGUUUUGGCCAGGUCGUAAUGCUCUACAUCGAUUGUACGGUCAACGGUCAUCCAGUGAAAGCUUUUGUAGAUUCAGGAGCCCAGAUGACGAUCAUGAGUCAAGCGUGUGCCGAGAGGUGUAACAUCAUGAGACUGGUAGAUAAACGAUGGGCGGGCGUGGCCAAGGGGGUCGGCACCCAAAAGAUCAUCGGCAGGGUACAUUUAGGUCAGAUUCAAAUAGGCGGUGUCUACCUACAGUCAUCAUUCUCAAUUCUUGAAGAUCAACCUAUGGACAUGCUUCUUGGUCUUGAUAUGCUUAAAAGACAUCAGUGCUGUAUAGAUCUAAAGAGGAGCUGUUUGGUGAUAGGUACCACGGGGACGGAGACACCAUUCCUCAGCGAAGCAGAUAUACCGGUAGUAGACCGCAACAGCCAGGGUGUGCCAAUGGACGUGAGAGAAGCGGAAGAUAGGAGUCUAGCAGAAGCACUGGCUAAAUCAGCAGCAGAAUCAGGUGCUGUAGGUGGGCCUUCCACUUCAGGGGCGACUGCCUCUGGCGCCGGUUCAAGCUCAGGAAGGGUCUUGGGGUCACCUGCAACCUCCAAUUCGUCAUCCUCGUCAUCAUCAUCCGCUGCUGCCGCCUCUCGAAUGUUCCCAGAAGCGGACGUCAAAAAGCUCGUCGACAUGGGCUACCCUCGCGACCUAGUCCUGGCAGAACUCCGGAAAACAGGGGGCAAUGUGAACAAAGCCAUGAUGGCACUCUUUGCCAAGUCAGUAUCAGUCCCGAAACGGUGACCCACCCGCGAGUAUGAACAGUGUGCGGGGCAGGAUGUCAUUCCAAGAAUUUUUUGCGAGUUUUGAUAUACGCUAUUUCUUACGGUGUCUUUGAUUUUUUGUGUCAUCAACGUGUCAAUGUCUCAGCAAGUCAAGUGCUUCCAACUGCUACAAUAAAGAAACGUGUCGACUCUUUUGAGUUUUUGGCACGCUUGAAAAUCCUGUGACCUGAUCCAAGCAGAGCAUGGAUACAAUUUGUAACCAUCGCACCAUAAAAUAGAACAUGCAAUCAGCUUUCAUCCUAAUGUCUUAUUGUCGCAAUGAUUGUAAAAAAAAGGGUAUUUAUAUUGUAAGGGGUUAAAGGUGCUCCUGUAUUACUCCUGCUAAGCCAGGCUACCGAUUUUGGUGCUGAAUGCUUUUUGAGGAAUUCUUUCCUGCCAAUCACAUAAAGAUUUUAGUACUCGAUCUUUGUGAAUAAUAUUCUUCUACACAAAUUUGCAAAGUUGGAGGCCGAUGUCGUCUCAGUGAUUAUAGAAUAAUGAAUAAUUAUUUAUAAUUCAGAUGUUACUAAGCGCACAAUGUUCUGACUAUAAAUUAAUUACCGCUAUCUGAAAAUAAACUUGCAAACAAUAAAUUGAAGAAAAAAAAUCACUUAUUUUCAGAAUCAGAAAAAAAAAAGAACAAAGUAAAGAUGUGCACCUUCAUAUGUGUGUAGACCAACCCUCAACUAAUUAAGUGGGAAAAAUUUUAAGCAUUAUAAAGAAUGUCUUUUUAGCAAGGUCAUAAAUUGAAGUCAUACUAUUUGUGCUUGCAUGAAUUCUGCAAUAACUUUACUUGUUCAUUUUGGAAGAAUUUCAAACUAGCAGAGAUAAAGUGUAGGCCACAUAUUGCCGGCCUUUACCUUGGCCGAGUCACAUGUAUAAAGUCUAUAGGAGAAGGCUUUCUCCAGCACCCUCGUGGCACGGAAGUACCGGCCUCAUGGCUCGGAAGUACUGGCCUUGACUACAUCCUUGUAAAUUAGGAUGUUCAUAGAAAGAGCAGAGUGUGGGAACCCUUGGGUCGAUGUCACAUGUAUGUAGUCCCAUAUACUCACAAAAUGUGUACAUGGCAUGUGACUGUUGGUAAGACCCAAGUGUAUCUCUUAUCAGUUCUUGCUAUCGCUGCUCAUGUAUUCAGUCAUUGAGGGAGAGACAGAGGAUAAGGCUGCUACUGCCUGCCAUAGGUAAUAUUGAUUAAAGUUAACUUGAGCCUUUUCCCAAUCACUUCCAAGAAUCAAACUUUGUGGUGAACCUUGACAGUAAUUUUCUUUUCACACACAAAGACAUUUUAAGUGUCAAUUUUAUUACUGCAUGUUAUGCAUGAGACUAUCUCCAUAUCGGCCAGAUAUUGAUGACCAACUUGCUUUGCAAGAUGACCAAAACGUCAAGGAAAUUUACUUGAACAUGCUGUAGUCACUGAAUUUUCUUGAUAAGUUAUCAGUUAAUACCAAGUGUUUUAUAAUAAUUUUAGAUAAUGUUUUUAAAUGUAAAGGUUUGUUUAUGUGAAUUCAUGUACUUGUACCUUCAAUAAUGAGUGAGCUAAUCCAUUUUGAAAUUGUCUGUUGCAAAGGAACUUUGAUUACAAAGAGUUGGUAAAUGCCACCUCAUGCGGUAAAUUGCCACUUGGUCUACUCUUAAUUUGGUCUCGGACAACAUGGUCCAGUCAAUGUUUGGUCUCACACCUCAUCCUUGUUCGUCUACAACCAGUUCAUUUGGUCUAAUUGCCAUUUAGCCUGAUUAGAUAUUUGUCUGAUUAUCCAGUUAUUAGGCUCUACUCAUAUCUCGUCUGCUGUUAAAUAAAGGAGUGAACAGAAGGCCUUCUCUGUCAGGAAUUGAAACAAGUUUUAUAUGUGCUACUCUUGAGAGGAGACCCACUUGCAGACAUGCCAACCAUUCCCUAUUUAGAGUAUUCCUCUUUUUCCUCUUUCCUCUUUUUUGCUGUAACUACACCAAUACUUUUUUGUAUGAUUUGUUACUUUUUUUUAAUAAUUAUUGAUCAUGGAGUAUGUAUUAUACACAGCGUGUGACACCAGUGCCGGUCCGACAGUCCCAGACCGGUAAAAAUCACCGUCGGGCCAGUAACUUGUUGCAUGAAAAGAACAAGUAAAUUCUUGCCUACAAGCACAUUUUUAAAAGGGUGAAUUAUCAAGUUUUCAAGUAGAGUCAUUUCACAUGUUUUUUUCACCGAUCUCACUACAACAGGCUGGCGAUUGUUACAUUGAGACAAAUUUUUAAAAAUACUCUUUUUGUCAAAAAAUACCUUAUUUUCAUUAUAAGAAUACUUAUUUCGGUUAUAAAAGGUUGGCAGGUAUGCACUUGUUGAUCAAAGUUUCUAUCAGGGUCUGUGCAAGUAGACUAACUUGUAUCCACUUGGUCUAUCAUCACCCGUCUACUGUAUAUGAUUAAGUGAACUUUUUUUUAAUGUGGCAAAGUGCAAAAUAAUACUAUUAAGUGACAAUUAGACCAAGUGAGUAUUAGAUUAAGUGAUGCUUAGACAAAACAGUAAUGAGACCAAGGAAUGUUGCAUUAAAGUGUAAUGUUGGAAAAGUGUUUUGGUUUUACUGGUAUGUUUUUCACACAUUCCAACUGUUGCAAACGUGUAACAUAUAACAAAGUCAUUCGGGUCACUUAUUCUCAAAACAAUUGUUGAACAAGUAAUUACUGACACUUCUAAACUGAAGUACUUACAGAAGCAUUUAUAUUAUCAGAUUUUUAAUAUUGCCCUAUAAUUUCUAAUGUAAUAUUUAGAGUUUUUGACCAAUAUUUUAAUCAUUACAUUUUUACAAUUUUAUGAAAAUCAGGCUAUAUGUACUGUAUGUACCUUGUACAUCCAACCAACUAAAUAUGGGACAUUUCCGAAGAAUUUGUCUCUAUCAUAUGAAAACUGUAAUGCUUUCAAAUUAAAUCCCAAAGUGAAGUGAGAAUGGUGAAAAAUGUAAAUCUAGCAUACAUACAUGUUGAUUAUUUCAUGGAAUUUUCCAAUUUUGUUGUCAAAUAUUUGAAUGUGACCUCAAUACUUCUUCUAACUUGUAAAUCUUUGCACGGGAAAGCAAGGCAUUGAAAUGAAAGAAUGGCAAUCUAUUUGGUUUCAUUUUUCAGACAAAUGCACAUACAUGUUGUAUUCAACAAAUGACGAUACUUGCCAACUUCAUCUCAUUAUUUUGCCUGGUAAUUCAGUAUGUGAUACAUUAUCUACAAUUUCUAAAGUAACCAUGACAUUGUAGAAUUUCAUUGUCAUGAUACAUAUUAAUUUAUUCAGCAGGUAAAUCUGUGUCAUGUUUAAACAAUGUUGUUAAGGUGCCAACAGAGACAUUUUACUAAAAUUAUAAUUUUGAAAGGCAUUUGAAUACCAUUCCGAAAGAUUUGUUCUCAAAGAUUUUGUACUUAAUCCAGAUACCCCUCAAAAGAAAACAGCACCUGAAAAUACAUACCUGAUGUCUGAAGACAAGUCUUACAGACAUGAAAUAUUUAUAAACUAAAAGGUUGAUUGAGGCAUUUUACUAUCUUUUCAUAACUUUUCAAACUUUCAAUGCAUAAUAUAUUUCAAUUUAAGGCUUACAGCAUAAUGACCCCAUAAGUAUCCAUGAUUGAUUACUGUUUAAUUGUAGUUGUGCAUUCCAAAAGUUUGACAUCAAUCCUGAUCAGAUACGUUUUUAUACCAUUUUAUUCUGAAAUUGAUUAUUGUGAGUGAAUUUUAUUGUAAGUAUAGGAGACCAAUGAAGAUGUUUUCAUUUUAUAUUUCUGUAUUGUAUCUGUCUGUUGUACUUCUCCCCCUUUAUGUCUCCUUAUUUAUCUUCUCCCUCUCAUUUUCCUCUUCCUCUCCGUUUCCUCUUCCUUCCUCUUGAUCUCCUCUCCUUUCUCUAUUUCUACCUUGUCUUCUCUUACUCUCCCCAUCUGUCUGCCUCCAUCCUCUCAAUCCUUUCCAUUUUCUCAUUCUACUACCAGAAGCAACAAUUUUAUGUGUUACAUAUAUUACAGUGUUGGACAUGUACAAACAGAAACAUGAACUUAUUUACAAAAUACCAAA